AUGGUUCUCACAAUGUGGUCCAUCAGAGCACACGGUGAAGAAAUUGAUUCCAACCAAAUUUAUGUUGGACAUCCCACCAUGUCCAGUAAUGAACUUCAUCAUGGUGGGAAGUUCACAAAAUUUCCAGGCAUCAAGUAUAUUGAAGGGCUUGUAGCAUACAUUAACGUGGUCCAUAUAGAAGAAUUCCCAGUACACGAAAUGGACUCCAUCAUGUUAGAUUUAGGGUAUGUUUUUCCAACUUUCAUCUACUACCAUUUCCGUUUGCCCAAUGAGGGUUUGGAUUUUGGACUAAGAGCUCUAGGUAAUGAUGAUGAUGUACGUAACCUAUCAAAAUAUGUGAGUGAGAACAAACUGAUAAAAGUGUACACAAAGCAUGGAGAAAUAACGUUAGUUACAUAUUUCAUGUCCCCAAAUGGUCCUAGAAGGGUUAUAAUAGAAGCGAUAGAAUAUGAGGAACCACCUCAGUCAAUAUCCUCUACUCUUGGUCCUCACUUGGUGGAAUCUGAAGUUUGUAAGGGUAAAGUAGGGUUGACCUUGGCAAGGUAUGGGUCUUUCACACCUGAUUUGAGUAGGGGCAGAGGUUGGAAACCUACCCAAGAAAUGGUUGAAAACUUAGUUAAUGAGGGUGUAGAGGAGGGACAUCCUACUGCAAAUGAGGUUGUAGAGGAGGGGCAUACUAUUACAAAUAAGGGUGUAGAAGAGGGGUGUACUGCUGUGAAUAAGCAACAAAAACAACUAUAG